AUGACUAUCAUGCCCGUGCUUACUCUGACUUCGUGUUUGCGCGUCUACCUGCUACCUUCAUGCUCCUUACACCGACUGCAACAGACACGGCGUGGCCUUGAAACUUUGAGCGGCGAGCUGGGGGCGCUCGGUGAGGCCGCCAAAGCAGAGCGACAUGCGACACAUUCCGAAGUUCUCGGGGCAAGGCGUGACGCAGCAAUUGCCCACGACGCCACCUCAGCACAGCUCGCCGGCGUUGGUCGUCAAGUGCACGGCGUAAGGAGUGAUAUCGCGGAUGCCCGGAAGGCCACCACGGCACAGCUUGCCGGGGUCGCACAACAAAUACACGGCGUGAAGGAAGAUGUGGCGAGCUCGCGUGAGGCUACCAUGGAGCAGUUAAAGGGCGCUCGUUCUGAAGUCGCCAACAUCAAGCGGGGCCUAGCAAGCGUGAGCGCAUCGGUGGACGAGUGUCGAUCGGAGAACGAGCAGUUUUUCAAGAGCUUCACGCAAGGGUUGGAAGCUACCCACCGGGGCAUCCAGACCCUGAUGGCAAUGCAAUUGAGCGCGCCCCUGAAAGAGGCAGAGAUGGCUCUCAAGAAUUUCACAGCCAGCAAAGGCCAGGUGCGGUUCCUGGACGAGGCGCGCAGCAAGGCCUUGACGGCCUUGGUCCAGGGUCACACCGUCGAUGUCAAGCUCAGCGCGGCCGUCAUAGCUGUCUCAGCCGGCUAUGUCUUCGCAAGCAAGACGGAGUCUCCGCUUGAAGCCAAGCAGUUCACGGUAAACGGGACCCUGGUGAACAUCGUGGACGUCCUGGCCCCACUCUGGGUCGACUCGUCCCGCGGUGCUUCUGCCGAUGGACCGAAGGUCUUGGCAUUUCUGCUCAACCUUGUGUCUUGUGUAUGCGCCCUUCCCCCGGUGGCUGAACCAGUCUUGCCUGACCUCGACAAGCGCCUCCUCCCAGCCUUUGGCACACUCUGUGCGACCGAGCCCGAGAUUUACCGCAUGUACCCCGAGGUCGGGGGUGUGGCUGCAAGGGCAUUGCUUGCCAUUCAGACGAUGAGAGACCUGUUCGAGUUGGCCGAUGAAGUCGAUGUAGAUGUCGCCAAAUGUACCAGCAAAGACGAGGUGAUCCAGAUUCUACUAGCGUCCGGUAAAGCCCUCUUUCGUGCACCUGCCACGGGGGUCAAGGCAAUGCUAGAAGGCCAGACUGUGUCGGAUCUGUGGCUUUUGGCGCGUGAAAACGACGUGGAUAUGGACCGCUGCAAGCCUCUCGUGAUCAAGAUUCUCCUUGGAUCAGGGAAGGACCUCAAACCAACGCGAGACGCCUCGACCGACCGCGCUGCUCUGCUGGCCUUGUUCAUCGCAACGAACGGCCCUUCAUGGAAAAAAGGCACGGCGUGGGGGACAUCUGCCCCCCUUGGAGAGUGGUACGGCGUUACCGUGGAUGAUGACGGUAGGGUGUCACAACUGGAGCUGGGGGACAACGGGCUGUCCGGUGCUCUGCCACCGGAGUUGGCCAGACUGACGGCGCUGACGGUAUUGGAUCUCCACGGGAACAAGCUAUCCGGUGAGAACUGGCAGUCGGCUCUCUCUACUAACAGUUGCGUUCAUAAGACAGGAAAGGUAGUGAAAGCCCAAACGGGGGAUGUGGCAGUGCAAGGAGACUGA